GUAGAAAGAUUGCCUCAAUCCUUGGCAAUCGAAUGGCGAAAAUCGCAAGCCUCUAUCUUUAUUUGGUGCCGAGUUAUUUAAAAAAUAAUCACUGCUCUUGUAUUUUGGCUCCGAUAGUAGUUAUUUUUCGAACAGUAAUCAUUGUAGAAAAAUGAUUUAAAGAACGUUUAAAAAGCAUAUCUGAUGCUUAAGCUGUAAACUCGAAAUGUGUUUUUCUUUACUUUUAUCUUAAAUUUUUUCGCAUGAAGAUCUUGUGUCUGUAUUAAUACGAUCUGAUUACAUCGUGUUGCGUGUUUCGGUAGAUCAGUGGUUAGAGCGAUGAUUUUGUUAACGGAUGUCCGUGACUCGGUUCUUCGUUGAUGCAUGUUGUUUCUGUUGGCUUGUUUAUCGAAUAGCUUGGCUGCCAAACAACUAUAUUUCUUAAAAUUACUUGUAAUUAAAAGAUAAUUCAUUGUAUAGCGCUUGGUUUUUGAGGUAGACUUAUACUAGGUGUAGCAAGAUCUUUAAAAACCUUCAAAGGUUUUUUUCAAAGGUAAGAUUUUCAGCAUAGACAAUAUUUGUAAAAUUAAAGAAUUUUGAAAAAAUGGUUCUGUCAGGAUUGAGAUGUAGGAUAUAAUUACUGAUUAAACCGUCAUCGAAAUUUCCACUCCGCAGGUGUUCCAUGGAGAAAGUUGCAAGUUGCUUAGUGUGUCAUAAUAGUAUUUCACCAUGUUUCAACAGUAUUUCAUUUUCUAGACAGCAGAAAGUGGAACGAAUUGCGAUAUUUCGUUUAUUCUCCCUUGUUAACUGUUAUAUCAAGCUAAGGAGUGUUUUGAAUAUUUAAAAAUUUAAUCUGUCGUCUAAAUCUUAAAUUUCAAAGUGCAUUGACAUUCAGGUGUCAUUUUAUCAACAUAGCUUCUCGAAAGUUCAAAAAGAAUUUCAUAUAACUAUUUCGUCCAUUGUCACAGUGCAUUGUGUUUAGGUAUUCCAAGUAAUAAAAUCGUUGUUCAUGUAAAACGUGUAGGUGGUGCAUUUGGUGGUAAAGAUUCAAUACGUCAUAUAAGACUAUGUAUUGCUAUAUCAAUAGCCGCAAUGAAACUAAAGCGACCAGUUCGUUUGACUCUUGAUCGAAAUCAUGAUAUGUUGAUAAGCGGACACCGUCAUCCAUAUAAAUCUAUAUACAAAGUGGGUUUUACAUCUUCAGGUAUAUUAAAAGCAUUAGAUAUAGUAAUAUACAGUAAUGGUGGUUGGUCUCAAGAUUAUUCUGUGCCUAUAUUGGAACGUUCAUUAUUACAUUGUGAUAAUGUUUAUAAUUUUAAGAAUCUAAAAUGUUAUGGGCGCGUAUGUAAAACAAAUAUCCAAUCAACGACAGCAUUUCGUGGUUUUGGAAUGCCACAAGCUGCUCUCAUAUGUGAAGUAGUACUAGAACAUGUCGCAUCAUAUUUAAAAAUGGAACCGGUAGAAUUAAGACAAAUAAAUCUAUAUCAGGAAAAUGAUUCUACACAUUUUAAACAAACGUUAAUAAAUUGGCAUAUUCCAAGAAUGUGGAGUGAAUUAAUUAAAUCAUCAGAGUAUUAUCAACGAUUGGAACAAUUAAAAAAAUUUAAUAGUGAAAAUCAUUAUCGAAAACGUGGUAUAGCAAUGACUGCCACAAAACUUGGUCUUGGUUUUACAAAAAAAUAUAUGUAUCAAGCUGGAGCUCUAAUACAUAUUUAUCGAGAUGGUACCGUAUUACUGACACAUGGCGGUAAGCUUUACAUUAAUAAUUUGAGUUCUUGUUUGAAUGAGAUACGAAGUAAACUUCCUACUUGAAGUCCAUCCUUAUUCUUAAGUAAAAUUUGAGGACAAAAGUUGUUUACAACAGUCGACUCAGAUUUUAUUAUUGAUAACAGGCAAUAAUUAUUUAUCGGACUUUUACAGAGUACUUACAGAAGUACUUCCACUGUAAAUGGAUUCGUAUCUACCUACCUGCUGGGGCUGGGAAAGUGACAAUCAACGAAUUUCAUCACUAUCCAGUAGCUCGUGAAACUGUCACGCCUUCUUGUGAAUCCUAUAAAGCUCGCGAUAAAACUAACCGAAUGUUGAUUGAACAUAUACACGCUCAGAAACUCAAAAUCUAGUUUAAGUGAUGUUGCUUACGAUUAAGAGUGACCUACGAAUAUGAGCAUUUUUUCGAUUGAUGGUAUUGAGGCAUUUUAUACGCCCAAAAUUAGUCACUAAUUAAACUACUAUCCAUCCCAAAAUACAAGACCGGUGAGCAUUUUUUGAAUAACUUUUGAUAGGAAUG